GUUUCGCAUAGGCUGACACCAGCAGAAGACGAAGUCACUUGGACACUCCAUUAACGCUCGAAGGUCUCCCCCACAUGAUAUCAAAAGCACCAAAAGUCUUCGGCUCCUCCGUGCGGAGCUUCCUGUAAAUGGUUGGAUCCCUCUCUUGCCAAGCUUAUAUUUUUCACCUGAAUAAGGAGCUGUUUCCUGGAUCAAUUGCAGGCCAUUGAUUUUGCAUAUAAAGUUUGUCCCUGCAAAGUAAUUCCAGAUAUGUGGCCAUGCCUGCUUUUCAAGCUCUGUAUUCCAUACCUUUCUUAUUUGUGACAAGUAAUUGAUGAUUACCAAAUGGCCACCCAUUGAUAAACUCAUAGGAUGGAAUUGCACCAGCUAUUUGGAUGUGGUCUGACUGAUGCUGGCUUAUGGUGCUCAUCCUCUCACCCUGUGGUUACGUCAAUAUCUAACAGGUCAUUAAAGUCCUUGAAAUUUGAUAUUGGAAGUUCUCCUGUUUGCCCUUCUCAAGUCAAGUUGAAAGUGAGGCCUUACCUCCACCUAGAGACAAUCGAGAGCAGCAGAGCUCCGCAGAAAAUCUUUCUAUAAGUGGCGCUUCUCGUAACCACACCAUCGAAACCAACAGCAGUCUAGUUUGUUCAAAAUCCGACUUUUGCAUUGACCCUCUUUCAGACCGCCUUAUGUCAUGCUCUGAUUUGACGUCUUUGUCGGGGAGUUUGAAUAGUAGCCCACGGAUGAAAUUUGCUGCAAAGGAAUUAAAGGCCACUUUCGAUGAUGUAGUAACAUCGCCAUAUGUUUCUUAUUGGAAGGGUAGCAUUCCACUUGUGCAGGGUCAAAAACCUAACAGGCGGAGCCAAGAGUGCUAUAGGUUGCGGUCUAUUCAGCCUCAAGCAUCUGUUGCUUCAAGACACAGCCAAUUCAACGAAUUGGAGAAAUGGCACAAAGCAAUUGAUGAAUUGUUGGUACGCAGUCCUCCAGAAGACAAGACAAGGCACUUGCUGAUCGAGUGUGAAGCCUUGUCAGAGAACGAUACAGAAAAAUUUGAUAAGUUGAUCAAGAAGGCUUGGAAUGCAGCAUCAAUACAUGGAGGGCAAGUUUGGCAUCUAGGCAGUUACAUGGUAGAAGGGCUCAUGGCGAGGAGGAAAUCUCUAGGAACUCCGGUUUUCCAUGUCCCUAAAUGUGAAGAGCCACAAAGCAAAGACUGGCUCACCUACAUGCAUGUCUUGUAUGAAAUCUGCCCUUAUUUGAAGUUUGGUUACAUGGCAGCUAAUGGAGCUAUUGCAGAUGCUUGCAGAGACGCGGACCGCAUCCACAUAAUAGACUUUCAAAUUGCUCAGGGAACUCAAUGGGUCACUCUGCUUCAGGCUCUUGCGGCGAGGCCUGGUGGGGCUCCACGUGUACGGAUUACAGGGAUUGAUGACCCUGUAUCUAGAUAUACCCGUCGGUUUGGAUCGGAGGAAGUCGGGAGGAUGUUGGCAGUAGUAUCUGAGCAAUUCAAGAUUCCUGUGGAGUUCAGGGGACUAAGUGUUUCUUCCCCGGAUGUCACUAGAGACAUGCUCGACAUAAGGCCAGGGGAGGCUCUGGCCGUGAACUUCCCGCUGCAGCUCCACCGUACCCCAGACGAGAGCGUCGACAUGAACAACCCAAGGGACGGGCUUUUGAGGAUGGUGAAGUCCCUUUCGCCCAAAGUGAUCACUUUAAUAGAGCAAGAAUCAAAUACAAACACGAGCCCAUUCCUCUCCAGGUUCGUCGAGACUCUAGAUUACUACUCGGCGAUGUUCGAGUCCAUAGACAUGGCACUGCCAAGGGAUGGAAAUGAUCGGAUCGACCCGGUGCGGCAUUGCCUGAAGAGGGAUAUCAUCAACAUCAUCGCGUGCGAGGGAAAGGAAAGGGUGGGGCGCCACGAACUGUUCGGCAAGUGGAGGUCGAGGCUGCAGAUGGCCGGGUUUAGUCAAUACCCGCUGAACGCUCAUGUGAACUCCGUGAUUGGGACCUUGUUGAGGCGUUACUCGGAGAACUUUACAGCGGAAGAGAAGGAAGGAGCCAUGUUGCUGGGUUGGAAGCAGAGGAGCUUGAUAUCAGUCUCUGCUUGGCACUGAUGAAACAAGUUCGAUUCCUGUAUCUAGACCUUUUGAAUCGACUAAUCUUUAAUAAUUGUUCUGAGCGAGAGAUGCUGAGAUCGGAAUAUGGGUUUGCCGUAUUCAAGAUGAACGCUUGAACAUUUAACUUGAUAGUUAUUGGAGUCCAGCGGAUGGACAUGGAUUGACGUCAUGCCCUGUCGCUGCUCUAUGACUGCGUGUGGUCCUAGUCCUAGAAACUUAGGAAAAUGUGCACAGCCACGCUUUGUGGGAAGUGCCUGUUACUUUAAAAGGCUAGUGGUGUUUAGUUACUUUUCUACAGGAUUGAAGGCUUUGUAUAUCUUUAUACGUGUGGUGCGUGCUUUGUCAUUAAGUCCACUUUAAUCAAUGGACAUACUUGAUUAGGACCGGA